UCGGCCGUGAUGACGCUCAAUCACGGAGAGCAACUCCAAACCAUGUGCUCCCGAUCCCGUCUUUGCAUCAGCGCGUGGGAGCUGUCUCCUUGAGUAAACUAUCUACCGUGUGAUACACGUGUUGCUGUGGGAACUGUUUCAUAAUUUUGCAAGUUACUGAUCAAUAAUUUUCGGCAACUGAAACUUUGUCAUAACGAACAGAAAAACAAAAUAGAAAAAGAUGCACAAGAGAAGACAGUAUGAGAUUUCUCGUGUUUUGUAUGUCAUGACUAUCUUGAUGACAACGGUCAAAACAGAUAAAAUGGACAGAAGGACUUUAGCCUUCGUUAAUGAACCAGCAGAACAUGUGGACUUUUACAAUACAACUGGAGCUGUGAUUCCAUGCACAGCAAGAGGCGAUCCGGCCCCAGCAAUACGAUGGGAAACAAGAGACGGUAGUCCAGUAAAGGAUGUCCCCGGACUGAGGCAUAUCCGCCCUGAUGGAUCUCUUGUAUUUUCUCCAUUCCAUGCGGACCAUUAUCGUCAAGACGUCCAUGCUGCCGUUUAUAGAUGCACCGCUUCGAAUUCCGCAGGAGUAAUUGGAAGCAGAGAUGUUCAUGUGAGAGGAAGUGAGUAUUUUGCUUUAUAA